UAAAUGCAAUUUCAGAUGUUUGAAAAAAAAGUUUGAUAACAGCUGUUUUGUCAUGAAUAUAUACUCUACAUAGGAUCGUGUAGACUUCUUAGUAACAAAAAAAACAUUAAAUAAAAGCCGUUGUUUGUUGCCGAAGAAAAAGCGAGAAAAAAAAAACUGAGCAAGAAGAAGAAGAAGAAGAAGCCAUUAGAGAGAAGAGAACUCACGCAACGACAGGUUUUGCUUUAUGAUUUCAUGUCAUCUCUGUUUCUUCUUUAUCCUGUAGAAGACAUAUCACGCGAUUGAAACCCUACGAUCAAGAAAGAUCAAUCGAUCAUCAUCACAAUGGAUCAACCGGUGGCUUCAUCUUCGUCACACUAUAUCUCAAUUUUCACAAAUUUCCCUCUGAUUUCAUCCCUUCUAGCUUUCACCAUCGCACAAUUCAUCAAAUUCUUCACCUCCUGGUAUAAAGAAAGGAGAUGGGAUUUGAAACGGCUUGUUGGGUCUGGAGGAAUGCCUUCGUCACAUUCAGCAACAGUUACAGCUUUAGCUUUAGCUGUUGGUUUACAAGAAGGCUUUGGUGGAUCACAUUUCGCUAUCGCUUUGGUUCUCACUACCAUUGUUAUGUAUGAUGCAACUGGUGUCAGGUUACAUGCUGGACGCCAAGCUGAGGUUCUUAAUCAGAUUGUGUAUGAACUUCCUGCAGAGCAUCCUCUGGCUGAAAGUAGACCGUUGCGUGAACUUCUAGGUCAUACUCCUCCGCAGGUCAUUGCUGGUGGAAUGCUUGGAAUAUCCACAGCAGUUGUUGGGUACUUAGUCAUCUUGAUAACAAAGUAGCUUAAGGUGUAGCGAAAGCUCGCCUUUUCUGCUCUAUCGUGUGUCAAAGUCACUGGUAGGUAGUUGAAUUAGCCACGAUAUGCAAAUGUAAUCUGGAAACUGGGUUUCAUCGAUCUUAGUUUCUUCUUUCCUUUUUUUUGUGCUGCUCAGCUUCUAAUCAUUGAUAACAUAUUAUAGGUUUGUUCUUGUUAGGAAACAUGAAACGUCAUUAUACAGAAUUAUGAAGUGGUAAAAAAGUGGAGUUUGUGCCUUGAAAUAUAGUGAACACGAUCUGUUUAGAUUCAGCAGGAUCAAUAUACUUUGAAACUCAUUUUUGUUAAAA